GGACUGUUUUCAGCUGUUCAGAAAAUGGCCGCCACGACGAUGGUCGGGGCUGCGAGAGAUGCGAGUAUGGAGGAUAAAAAGUUGGCCUAUUUCUCCUCCAUCAAUUCUAUGGCCAACAAGAUAAUGCAGGAGAGAGAGAAAAUUAAAGAGAAAUAUGGAUCUGCCUGGGAUAACAUGACUCCGACUGAACAAGACUCGGCCAUCGACAAUGUAAUGAUGGAUCCCCAUAUCAGAGCCCGAUAUGGAAUGCACAGGGUGGACCGUGAAGAAGUUGUUUGUUAUCCAAAACUCCUCAUUCAGACAGGCCAAAAGAUUGUACACUUUGGAGAAGAGGAUAUUACUUGGCAAGAUGAACAUUCAGCACCCUUUUCCUGGGAAACAAAGAGUCAGCUUGAAUUCAGCCUCACUUCUGGUGCGCCAGAGCAAAGUAUUUCAUCCUCUGUAGCUGAUCCAAAGCCAAGCAAACCUGCCCAGAACAACCAGAUGACCAAAGUGGCUCCAAGCAGCAAGAGUUCAAAUAAUGACACGUCAGGACGACGAGAAGAAGAGUCCUCCUUCUGGAAGAUCAGUUUGGAGAGAUCCCGGCUCGAGGGGGAGAAGUCUGACUUCCAGUCCCUCACCCCAAGCCAGAUCAAGUCCAUGGAGAAAGGGGAGAAACCCCUUCCGUCAUACCUUCGCACGGAGGCCGAAGACCCGCCACGGCCUACCAAACAGAGGGCUCCCAGACCCCCAGCGCCCCCUCCUCCCAUACCCGUUAGUGUUACCCCGGCCGCUGUCAUCGCGCCCCCCGCGGCCAUCAGUGUGCUGCCAGCCACUCCAGCCAGUGUGCCAUCCUCGGUGGCUGGUUGGGAGCGUGCCCAGAGCACCCUUCCCUCGGUGAGCCCCCUGGAUGAUGUGUUUAGCCCAGGCUUGGCCUUAAAGCCUUCUGCAGGCCAUAGCAGCACUGCUAGGGAGGAAGAGAAGAUUGAUACCUCCCUGGGAUCCAGCCCGACAUUCUCUCAGUUAACGGGUGGCAACAUGGUGAAGACAGGCUUUGACUUUUUGGACAACUGGUAACAUGGGCGUGGGCUGAGGACAUUGGACGCAGUUCCAAAGGAAAGGACCUACUCAAUAUCACACGCACUACGUUUGCCUUCAGUAUUUAUUCCUGUAGCUUAUGGCAUUUAUCACUGACAUUUAUAUUUUCCCAUUACUGCUCAAGUGUAACACUAGACAGUUUGCAUACUGGUCACUACUAUGUUUUUGUUCAUACAUAAAAUGAGAUUGUACAAUUUGUUGUUGGUUUAGACAUGCACAUGAAGCAUUUAGGAAUAAAUGGACUAUUGUAGAUGAAUGCAUACAAUAUUUAUCUCCAAGCAAGCAAUAAAUCAGGUGAUUUUGUAAAACGUGUUGCGUUUCCCUCUAAGUUACAAUUGAUUACUGUUGAUACCCUGACCUCAUACUAGUGCAAAGCCUGGAUAGUGCACAUUGUAAUAGUAAAGUGGAUGCAUUAGAAGACUUGCUCGUUUUUUAGAUUGACACUACCAUUGUACACUUAGAUUUGAGUAUAUAGUUGUUAUUUUAUCUUUUGUAUUGACACUUUAUUCAUGUCCCAUUUGCUGUUUUUGGUAUGACACUCAUGCAUUUUCAAACGAAUCAUGCAAAUACAUCAUCAAUGUGAGAGCA